GUGGUAGGACCCAUAGCCAUGCAACUCCCACGAAUACCGACCGUUUCACUUUGCAUAUUUACCGUUACUUUCCAUUACAUUCAAUCUUCCUCUUUUUCUUUCCCAAAAUAUCUAAACUCUUUCCGUUUCUCUCUCUCUCUCUCUCUCUCUCUUUGCAAAGCGUUUGGGAUUCUUAAACCCGAAAACCCAUGGGUGACCCGAAUCCAUGGGCCACGGUCGGGGCCGUAAUCUCGUGGUACGGGUCGAACAUCGGCGUGUUGCUGCUGAACAAGUAUUUGCUGAGCAAUUACGGGUUCAGAUAUCCGGUUUUCCUUACACUGUGCCACAUGUCGGCCUGCAGUUUGCUGAGCUACGUGGGUGUAGCGUUGUUAAAGGUGGUCCCUCAGCAGAGCGUGAAUUCCAGAGCCCAGCUGGUGAAGAUCGCGGUGCUCAGCGUCGUUUUCUGUUUCUCGGUGGUGUGUGGGAAUGUGUCGUUGAAGUUCCUUCCGGUGUCGUUUACCCAGGCUAUCGGCGCUACGACGCCGUUUUUUACUGCCGUCUUGGCGUAUUUGAUCAGCCAGAAAAGGGAGGCUUGGGUUACUUACGCCACUCUUUCACCGGUUGUUGCGGGGGUCAUCAUAGCUACGGAGGGUGAACCAAGUUUCAACAUAUUAGGGUUUAUCAUGUGUGUUUCGGCUACAGCUGCAAGGGCCUUUAAGUCUGUGCUUCAGGAUAUUUUGCUGUCCUCUGAGGGAGAAAAGCUAAACUCCAUGAAUCUAUUGCUGUACAUGGCACCAAUAGCUGUAGUGGUGUUAGUUCCUGCAACAAUAUUAAUGGAGGAUAAUGUGGUUGAGAUUACACUAAAUAUUGCCAGAAAAGAUACCAAAAUGCUUUGGUAUUUGCUCUUCAAUUCCUUUCUAGCAUAUUUUGUCAACUUGACAAAUUUCUUAGUCACCAAAUAUACAAGCGCUUUGACACUCCAGGUUCUGGGAAAUGCAAAAGGGGCAUUAGCUGUAGCUGUAUCAAUUCUGAUAUUUAAAAAUCCAAUAACAACCAUAGGGAUGGUGGGCUAUGGGCUUACUGUUCUUGGUGUUGUUGUGUAUACUGAAGCCAAGAAGAGGUAUUCAUGAUGCGUCUUCCUUUGUUACUGGGAUAAUUGUUUGUAGAAAGCAGCAACUUUACCACUGUUUUUCAAAAACAGAAUUUUCACUUAUAUAAAACAACCAGUGCAAUGUAUAAGCUUUUUUUCUUUGUACAAAACCAAAUUUUGCCUCGUUUGUUUCCUAGCUCAAGUGCCUCAACUGGGUUUCGAAGUGACAGAGGUUUCAGAAUCUUUUACUGGUUACUUUUCUUUAUUGAAUAUUAUAUAGAUGCUAAUACAUGAGAUUAUUAUACGUGUAAUUUAUAUCCAUGGAAAUAUUGCUUUUUCAUGGAUUGCAGUUA